AUGAGUAAUAUAACCCAAGAUGGUCGAAUUGAAAUGGAGUGUGAUUCGAGUUAUGAUAACUUUAUGGAAAUUUUCAAAUUCCUCAUUCAACUAGCCUAUCUUAUCCCAGGAUCGAUUUUACAUUUAUCGAUUGUUCGGGCGAUUUUGUGGAAGUUCAAGAGUGUUUAUCAGACGAAUUCGUUUUUUCUGAUUUAUACGUUGGAUUCGGGGGCGGUGAGUGAAGCGGAGCGAGUGUAAACCGCAAGCUUCCGCGCAGCGGCACUGUUUUCCGCGAAGCGGCUAGGCCUAGGAUCAGCCUGAGCUUCAGGCUCAAGCUUGGGUCUAGUCUUAAUUCCCGAGCGCUCCUGGCGCGAGUGUAAACCGCAAGCUUCCGCGAAGCGGCCAGUGGCGGGCGAGUUGUGACGUGGCAAAUGACCAUGUCAUAACUAAUAGGCAGAAUUGAUCUUCUAGGCGUGACUACUUGGAAUAUAGAAUCUCUAGGCGCGGCUACUUGACAGCUAGGACGUUUAGGAUUGGCUACUUAGCGUAGAAGCUCUGAAGGCUCAGCUCCUUAUCAGAGCAAGUCUCUAGGCACGACUCCUAGACAAUAAGGUUCGUAAGGCGCUGAUCCUUGAAAAUUGAAUUUUCUAGGUCUGACUACUAGAAUUUCUAAUUCAAAGUAGAAGCUCCGAAUUUUCAAAUAUCAUUUUCCAGAGCUUGAUAAUCACCCUAACUGAUAUAUUCUUCAAUCGCCUCACAGUCUACAUUCCUCCACUUUGCCCAAUUCUAACUCCAUAUUUCUUCGAACCCUCGAUCUUCAUCAAAAUCAUGUUAAUCACUCCCAAUUAUUUUCGAGCAAUGAAAUCGAUAACUCAAAUAAUGAUGAGUAUAAAUCGUAUGACUUGUGUAAUUUUUCCAUUUUCGUAUAUCACAAUUUGGAAAAAAUAUCUGAAAUUAUCGAUAAUUAUCACACUCCUCAGCCCAUUCUUGGUUAUUUGGAACUUGUUUCUAUCGCGAGUUUAUAUAAGUCCAGCAUUCGGAGGGUUUUCCUAUGAUUAUUUGAAAUAUGUGAAAUGGGCGAGUUUGUCUAAAUUCCACCUCGUAUUUAUAUCCUUGGCAAUUAUUAUCACAAUAAUUAGCACUGUUGUGACGAUGACUUUUCUGAUAAUGCUUCCAACACGCGUCAAAUCCGCUGAAAAAUCGCUGUGCUUCUCGAAUAUCACGAUUUCCGUAGCUUUUCUGAUUGUUGGAGGGUUUCAGAGUUUUUUCGCAUUUUUUCCCGAAAUGUAUACGGAUACGAUUUAUAGCUUGCAGUUUUUGAGCUAUGAUUUUUUGAAUAUCAGCUCUCCAAUUGUGCUGGUCUUGAUGAAUUUACAACUUCGCGAGCAUAUUUUCAAAAAAAAUGGAGAAGGCGGCGGCAAUUCGGCUUUUCAAGUUUCGAAAAUUACUGUUGGAUAA